AUGACAGAAGCACAAGUGACGUAUCGUACAUUAACGGAAUCAUUACUAAACGACAUGAUAUCCAAAAUCAUCAAACAACAAAUCGUCAACACUUAUAGCGACUACAUGUCAAUGGAAAACAACACUGUCGUCGAUUCACAAGUAGACCAACUACUAAUCAACUUCAAUCAACUGAAGGACAUCAAUCGAGACAUUUUUGGUCAAGAUAAGACCAAAUUGAAAACCAAUGAAACGUCACGAUACUUUAGCUGUGAAAAUUGUGGACGUAAAAUAGCUGGGGGAAGAUUUGCUCAACAUGUGAAUAAAUGCUUAGAGAGAAAGAGAAAGACAUGA